GAAAUAACAUCUGCAAAUGACAUGCUGUUUUUGCUACUUUCAUUGCUAGCUGUUCUCCCAGGUGGUGGCAAUGCAGACGGGCUCAAGGAGCCUGUCUCCUUCCAUGUCAUCCAGAUCGCAUCCUUUUACAACCAUUCCUGGAAACGAAAUCUGAUCUCAGGUUAUCUGGGUGAUUUGCAGACCCACGCCUCGGAGAAUUGCAGCACCAUCAUUUUCCUGUGGCCCUGGUCCAGGGGAAACUUCAGCAUGAGGAGGAAGGAACUGGAAAUUUUAUUCCAUAUACGCUGCAUUCGGUUCCUUGAGGGAAUGCAAAGAUACUCCCUUGAAUUGCAGUUUGAGUAUCCUUUUGAGAUACAGGGGACAGGUGGAGGCUGUGAACUACCUGGAAAGUUCUCAGGAAGCUUCUUGGUAGCUUAUCAAGGAUCAGAUUUCGUGAGCUUCCAGAACAAUCGUUUGCCAUCUCCAGUGGUAAAUAUGGCCAAGGUCACUGCAAAAAUGCUCAAUCAGAAUCAGCAUGAAAAUGACAUAAUACACACUCUCAGUGACACCUGCCCACGUUUCAUCUUUGGCUAUCUUCUUGAUGCAGGAAAGGCACAUUUGUAGUUGAAGCUCGAGGCCUGGCUGUCCAGGCUCUUCAGUCCUGACCUGGCCAUCUAGAGCUUGUAAAGCACGUGUCUCAGGAUUCUACCUGCAAAGCCGGUGUGGGUGAUGUGGAUCGGUGAGCAGGAGCAGCAGGGCACUCCAGCGAGGGACAUCCUGCCCAAUGCUGACGGGACAUGGUAUCUCGAAAGCAACCCUGAGGUGGCUGCUGGGGAGGCAGCUGGCCUGUCCUGUCGGGUGAAGUACAGCAGUCUAGAGGGGAGGGACAUCGUCCUCUACUGGGAAUAUCACAGUUCCAUGGGCUUGAUCAUCUUGGCGGAUAAAGUGCCUUGCUUUCUGAUAGGUCUUGCGCUUUGGUUCAGGAACACUGGUGAGUGUUUCCAAGAUACACCACAGAUCCUCCUUGCCUACCCUUCUCCUUUUGGGGUGAGAGACCAGCAGUUCAACAGCUCAGGAUACACCUGA